GGAUCAUUUGGAUUUGAUUUGCUGUUGGUUUAUACGUAAUUUCGGUACAACCAAAAGUAGAGUCAGGCAAUUAACUGUUAAUGGUCAUUUGCGAUCAUUUGGGUGCAAGUUGCUGUUAAAAGCAGUAAAUACAACGAUACUUAGUGCGCAAUAAUCGAUCGCAUAAUGAAUUAAUGAGUGAAUGAAUCUACGAACGAAAGGGCGGACGGGCGGCUGGACUUACAUACGGACGGGUGAACGAAUAUAAUUUAUUUCUGAUGUGGUCAACAUCUGACUCUGACCCUCCGAUCACGCGUGCAUGCCAAGGGUUACAGUCUGAAAAGCAGCGACUAGAGCGGAAAUGACGUCAAGUUCGUCCCAGCCGUACCGGGUGCACCCUCACCCCGAGAACCCCCUGGGGGUGCGGCUUGCGAGUGCGGGAAUCGGGGCUUGUAUUGCAGACCUUGUAACAUAUCCGCUGGACAUGGCCAAAGUCAGGCUGCAGAUCCGGAACUCCCCCAUGCCGCGCCUCCUGCCGGACAAUAUGGAACUGCUUGUCAACGGAGACUGUGUGCGGAGGUCGGUGCUACUUCCGGCGCCUGAAGGAAUGCUCGGAACACUGGCGGCUAUCGCCCGGAAGGAUGGUUUCCGGGCCGUGUACGCGGGUUUGACGGCCGGGCUGCAGAGACAGCUUUGUUUUUCAACUAUCCGCAUUGGCCUUUAUGACGACGUAAAACGGAAGUACCAAACAUUGUUUGGACAAGACAAGAACGUCACUCCCCCAGUUUACAUCCGUAUUAUGGCGGGCCUGUCGACUGGAGCGCUCUCCGUGACGGUGGCCCAGCCGACGGAAGUGGUGAAGAUCCGGAUGCAGGCUGCGGGCGCACGGGGUGGGGCUGCGUACACCGGUGGGGUCCUCCAAGCGUACCGUAAUAUCGCCCGGACGGAGGGGCUUCGAGGGCUCUGGAGAGGAUACUUGCCGAACGUCACCCGAAACAGCGUGACGGGCGUAUCCGAGCUCGUCACCUAUGACGUCAUCAAAGAAAUGAUAAUCCAGCGUCAUUGGAUGACGGAUAACUUCCCGUGCCACGUAGUGAGCGGAUUCAGCGCUGGGUUUGUGGCCACGGUUGUAGCCUCUCCAGUCGACGUCGUGAAGACGCGCUACAUGAGCGCCUCUCCCGGGGAGUUCCGUGGCGUCAUCCACUGCGCCACCUCUCUCGUGCAGGAAUGUGGCCAUGGUGCUCUCUACAAAGGAUUCGUUCCAUCAUUUAUAAGAUUUGGGACCUGGAACAUUCUGACCUUCGUGUUCUAUGAGCAACUGCAGAGAGGAUUCACUUCUGGAAUUCUCCUUGUACAGAACAAUCAUCACUCAGCCUAGUCUUUCCGAUUUGAUACCGUACUGAUAAAGUUGAGAAGUUUGGACACUUUAUGAAGCGUUCAUCAAUAAAUUCCUUUGAACUGAACCAAAACCAGUAAAUCGGAACUCCUCGGUCAUUUUCCAUCGAAAACGCCAUUGGAUGUAUAUGGACGGUUUACAAUGUCAGAAAUUUAUACAGUUUAACUUCGCUGCAAGUAAAUCAGUAGUAAUUUCAAUUUAGCAGUUAAACUUCAUGACUUAAUUUACUCUAGGGAAUCUUAACUAUUUAUGCAAUUAUACACUGCACUGAAAAUCAAUUUGAACUUAGUAAUACAAAAUACACGUUAAAACACUACUAUUUAGAUUUAAUCAAUACUAUUAAAUUAAUUAUUUAUUUUUUUACAAACUACUUCAACUGAUGUCCCGGCUUACAUCCAAUGUUGUUUUCAAUGGAAAACGGCCGAAGAGUUCCGAUUGCAAAACCACUGUGUUUGUACCACGAUUUGGUAAAACAUGUCUUAUGGCAACGUUAUAGACAUACAUGAUGUAUGUCUGACUCAGGACAAUGGUCGUUGUACUAAUCCUUGGACGUCGCACAGUUUUCAUGAUACUUCCAUUAACUACCAUCCGUGCUUUCUAUACAUGCAAUCUCUAUAUAUUAUGAUUAUUGUACAUUCUCUAGCAUUAAA